GCCACAGCUCUUACUUGUUAGCUCAAGAAAUUUUUGUGAUAAAAGAAAUAACAAUGCCAAAAGGUUAAAAAAGACUCUUCCUUUGUUUCCUUCUCUCUCUGUCUUUCUUCUCUCUCUCAAAUCUCAAUAGCCGGCCUUUGCUCAUUCAAUUCCAGUUCUUCUUUUUCUCCUUAUAAUUCAAUCUCAAAUUGAGAUUUGAGAUUGAAAGUUUCAAUAUCUUUGUGGUGCUUUGAAAGGAAUUUAAUCAUUUGGGUACUAAUAAAAUCACCUGAUCUUGAGGUGGAAAUAAUUAAGUUGUUUCCUUUUUGAGCUUUUAUGAGGUGGGUUUGAUCUGGAUUUAGAGUUUGGGUUGGAGGAGAAUUGAUAGAGUUUCCGUUUUUCUUUAUAGGGUUGUUUUUACUUUUGGCUUUAAAAUUCUGGGUUUGAUUUGAAAUGGUCUAUUUCCAUAGCUCAAUCUCAGUCUGCAAGUCGGUUGACCAGGCUUCCUCAGCUACAAGCAUGGCAAAUUCUGUGAAUUCAAAUGAUUUUGUUAUGAAUACCAAAUCAUCAUCAUCAUCAUCAUCAUCAUCAAGGAACAAUUUUUACAAGAAACAGAAGGUAUUCAAUUCACCAAGUUGCUUAAAAAUUCCAUCUUGUGAAAGAUCAAGAUCUGCUGCCAUUGAUGUUGUUAUCUUAAUUGCUGUGAUUGCUGCUUGUGGGUUCCUGUUAUUUCCAACUAUAAAGUGCAUAUCUCUGAAAUUGAUUGAAUUCAUUGGAACUGCCUUUUAUUUGGUUAAAGAGGAAAUGAUGAGAACUCCAAUGAUAUAUGGAUCUAUAGGACUUGGUUUUUGUUGUGCUGCAAUAGCUGCUUGGGUUUUGCUUCUGUGUACAACUAGGAAAUGUGGGAAUCCUAAUUGUAAAGGGCUUAGGAAGGCAGCCGAGUUUGAUAUUCAGUUGGAAACUGAGGAGUGUGUGAAGAAUUCCAGCACUUUGGUUAAAGAUGGUGUUAAAAAAGGACUUUUUGAGUUGCCCCGAGAUCAUCAUAAGGAAUUGGAAGCUGAGCUAAAGAAGAUGGCGCCGGUUAAUGGAAGAGCAGUGCUUGUUUUUCGAGCUAGGUGUGGCUGUUCUGUUGGCAGAUUGGAGGUUCCAGGGCCUAAGAAGCAAAGAAAGAUCAAGAAAUAGGAUUUUGGGAUAUGAUAUAGAGAGGAAUUAAAGCAAUACAGAAAGUAGUCAUAAUGCAGAGAGGAGUGCCUUCUCUGGUUAGUUUAAUCAGAAACUAUGUUGUCUUUAAAUAAGCUCUCUUGGCAAUAAGUUGUAAGGAUUAUAUACAGUUGGUUAUAGUGGAGAAUAUAAGAAUCCUUUCGUUCAUUUAUUUUAAUCACUAUUUAAUGGUAAUUUACUUCUUAAAGCUUA